CACUCCUCUUUCUGACCAAAGGCUAAUAGGAAAAUCAGUCUAUUUGGCUUGGAUCUCUUUACGUUGUGUGUUCGUCAGACUGCCGAGGAACAGGGGCUAGAACUAGUGAGUCAGCAGCGAAGGAGACCCAACUAUAACUGCGUUAAACACGUGGCACUUUGUAUUCGCUUAGGAGAAUACUUUGUAUUCGUGCACUUCGGAGACUCGUCAAGCAAGAUACUGUAGCUCACUCCUGCUCUCCACAGGGCCGCCGCGCAAACAGUUAUUUAUAGUUAGGAGGCCACAGAGAACUAACUACAAUAGACCUCUGCGAAGAGGACGAGACGGCAUCCGUGUUCUAAUAGUUACUGUUAUAUCAUAGGAGAGAGCGAUGGAAACCAAAAUACUCGUCGCUCUGUGCGCUCUGAUCCUCAGCUUGGGUUCGAAUGUAGAAGGCCAGGACCCUGGUGCUCACUCCUCUCCCUCAGACGGACCUCUGACCCUAGGUAUGUCCGGGGCUGUUCAGGCACCCCUCCCUGGAGGUUCUCCCUCUCCUCCAGGCUCUCUGUCCCUCCCCAGCACAGACUCCCCAAAGCCAGGCAGCAACCUCACUGAUGGAGGGCUCUCCAACAACAACAGCAGCAGUAGCAACAGCAGCAAUAGCAGUAGCAACGACACAGCAGUCGUAGUGGUAAAAGAGGUCCCAGCCACCAGUGUGGGGGUCCCUGCCCCCACUCCCAUCCCUGAGAAGACCCCUGGCCCAGAGAACCUCACUGAAGAAACCGUACAGCCCUCUGAUGCUCCCUCUGACAACCACACUGCCCCUACACACACACCCACAACCACAGUCCUCGUUCACAAACCUUCCACCACCCCCACACACACACCUGUCUACUCCACCACUCCAUCCAGCCAUGCCCCUCAUCCCUCCAAAACUCACUCACCCAUCACCACCACUGCUUCCCCAGCCCCUACUAGGCUUGAGACCCACCCAACUAACACCUCCGCUGCCCCCCAGCCCAGCUCAACCCCCAGCCCUAACCCAGAUACCUCUAACCCUAUCCAGCCUAAACAGCCCCUCAGUCCCUUUCCCACCACCACUACCACCACCUCUCCCCCAGCUCUACCUACGUCUGAGCCCCAGACCCAGACAUCCAGCAUCACCCCUCUCCCGGCUUCCACCCCAGCCAGCAGCCCUCCAUCUCAGGCUAAAACGCAUGCCGACAUCCCCUCUCAGCUCAAUGUGGUGGAAGGGGAACCAGUGUUCCAUAGUGGUGGACCUGCCCUGGACCCUCUCCUAGCUGGACUAGUGUCAGUCUUCAUCGUCACUGCAGCCAUCAUCACCCUGCUCCUCUUCAUCAAAAUGCGACGACGGGACCAGCGGCCUGAGUUCCGCAGGCUCCAGGACCUGCCUAUGGAUGAUAUGAUGGAGGAUACUCCCCUGUCCAUGUACAGCUACUGAUGAUGAUGGAGAACACAGUCUGACCUGAUGGAACAGCCAGACCCCCACAGACCUUCUCCCUCUGAACUGGGGCUGCGUCUCUAUAGUCCAACCUGGCCUUCUCUCCUUGUCCCCUGUCCUCAUAUCCUUUCUUUUAUCCGCACUGACAUGAGACGUGGACUGGUGAAAGCUAGUUGCUGAUAGGCAUCCUCCAUAUUGCUUUUAUCGACCCUGUGUUUUCAAAUCAGUGCAGAUGGAGGAGAUGAGGAGAGGGAGGCGCCAUUUUAGACCAUUGAGAUGCAUCCCUGGCUUUCCCUCACCACCUUUGUGUCUCUGUGAGCAACAGGGGGUUUCUGUGUGAGUGUGAACAGCUCUUUUCCUGGUCUAUGUGGAUCCGAAGUUCCAUCAGCAGCAUUCCCACUUUUACAUUCUAUAUUCUAGGGUGCACUCUGUCAGCUGUGUUUUGGUUGAGUGUUCGGUAACGAGGGAUCCUCUCUUUCAUCACUAGUUAGAGCCUGGUAGGCUACUUGUGCCUGGCUAUAUAGUGUUGUACAGUACGGUUGCACUUUACGUUACAGAGGAUAUGUA